ACGUAAUGGACGUCAGUUCUGUUGCACGUACGAUACAGAAUAACACAGAUGGAUUGCGUGUGAACGUCCAAUGUUUCCGUGCUAGGUGCGGGGGCGGUGGGACCGGUCGGCGGUCGCAGACCCGACCCGCCGACCUUACGUACCACUCACUGUACGCACCUCGGUUCUCUUGCUAAAACUGUGUGCAUCACACGAAUAGCAGAAGCAAAUUCGCGAAACAUAUAAAGUGAUUGUGAAGGACAAUAUUGAAUAGAUGCAUCGUAUUCUAGCAUCAAGAAAGUGCAUUCGGGACGUUUGGGAACAUGCUGGAGUGCGCUGGGCGCCAAGGAGGAGGGCGAGAGCAGCGGGUGUGUCGAUAGCAUGGCGGAGGUGUCGGUCCCUCGUAGCCCACGGCACCUCCACAAGCGGCGACGCCUCACUAGCCUGCUAGACAAACUUGCUGUUCAAAUGCGCAAUAACAACCACUAUCCGCCUCCCCGCUGGCUAAUGCUGGACCAGUCGUGGCACGUGCCGGCUAAAGCGCCAGAGGACGUUCCUCUGGACCUCUCCAUCAAGUCAGAACCUCCACCACCAUUACCAAAGAGAGAGCCGACAUAUUCCUGCAAUGCUUGCGGCCAGACUUUCACAGUUCACGACCGGCUCGCCAAACACGUCGCAUCACGGCAUCGAAACAGAACUCCAGAAGCUGCUAGAGCAUAUGAAUGUGAAAUUUGCGGUAGGCGAUUUGCUCGGUCGGACAUGCUGACGCGGCACGCUCGCCUACAUAGCGGCGUGAAGCCCUACGCUUGCUCGGCUUGCGGUCAAGUGUUCUCGCGCUCUGACCAUCUGGCAACACAUCAACGGACCCAUACAGGCGAGAAGCCUUACCGUUGCCCGUCAUGUCCUUAUGCUGCGUGUCGGCGAGACAUGAUCACUCGCCACAUGAGGACUCACACACGGCGGCCGCAGCCAACUACGAUCACGUGCCAUCAAGCAGAAGAGCCAAAAGUUUUUUCAAGUUGUUAAGUGCGUUCUUUGACUAUUCGUUAAACUAAGGUUCGUUUAAUUUAUUUUUCACUAACUUAUCCAUUUCAAAAGUGGAGACUGAUUUUUCAUUCCAAAGUUAUGUAAAAUUAUCAGUGUUUAUUAUUAACUUUAAAUAUUGUAAUCUUAGAAUCUACCGCGGAUGGAGUGUUCGCACGCGGGAGAUUGGCACGCUCAUGUACUCACGCAACUGCGAGCCUCUCAGCUCAGGUAGUGAUUGGUUUCUUAGGUGAGGGUGGACAUAUCACAUUGCACAUUUGCAUUUCACCUGAAUCAGAUAUUUGAAAUUUCCUAUUGGCGCAGCGAACUGUUUUUCUGCUAAGCGCAAUGCGAUGUGUCAACUUCCUAAACGUUGUUGUAUUUUUUUUGUUUUCUUCAUUAUAGAUGGUGGUGUGUUAUACUUAUAAUUAUGCUUAUCUAGUACCUAAUAUAGAGUUGUCUUUUUAACUUGUUAUAGUGCACAACUGUUAUGUGCCAUUUUUUUACGUUAUUUGUAAUUUGACAUGCUGCUUAUAAUAUCUGUACCUAAGCACACCCACCCAUUGGGCAAGUCGGCUUACUAGCAUUUCAUACUUUAAGAAGACUUCCCAAACCUCCACAUAGAAUUAGUUUGUAGUUUUUGUUAAUUACCUUGUUUUCAUUUAUAAGCAUAUUUCAGAAAAGUUUGUUUUUGAUUAGAAUAAGCUGAAGACCUAUUUGGAGUCUUGAGAAAAGAUUAAGUAAACAGUUAGUUAUUGUUUAAAUAAAAGCGGAACUGUGUAUUGAUUCUGAUUAGACUUUAAAUUAUGUAUGUACUUAGUAUUCAUUAGUAUAUUUGUUAACAAUUAAUUACUAACUUAAUGAUGUAAUUGAUAUUGGCUUACUUAUUAGGGGAAGCAAUUUACCUUCUUAAAGGAUUCUCUUUUUAUUUAACUAUUAUGUUUAAUCAUUCAAUGAUUCAUCUUCUGAUUAUAUAUUAAGUUGGUAAAAGUCUUCAAAAGAAUUUUUACUUUAUAUACUUAGUUGUUACUUACCUUUGGUAAAGUCUGAAAUCUAACAAUAGUGUAUUUCUAUUUCAUAAGUACCUACGUAUAAUUGUGCCAAAAUACUCUAAGUAUUUAUUAAAGUAAAAUUAGACUUUAGUCUUAGCUGAUAAGGAAGAAAAUUUGUAAAAGAUUGGCACUCUUAUAGUUUGUAAUAAUAAUCAACACUAAUAUAUCCUUUCGUACUUAGUACCUGUAUUGAUUUGAAUAUUGUAUUAAUGUAAACGUAAUACAUCGUAUGUAAUUGUACUCACAUAUAUUUUAUACUGUGUUUGGAACAGGUUGUGAAAUAUUAGAGAGAUAUGGAAUGAUAUAGUAUUGAAAGAUCAAUUCUGUAUAGGAAUGGUGACAGUAACAAUAGAGCAAGGAAAAAAAGUUAUGAUAAUAAUACAAAAUUACUUACCUUUAUUAACUUUUUUAUUAUUCUGCCAAGUAGUGUUAAGCUACCUUAGGGUAGUAACUAUACUACUAAAUUUGCGCUUGUUAUGAGAUAUUUUAAGUAAUAAUAUGAGUGGCGUAUAGAAGUGACGUCAUGAUACUUGGUCUUAUACUUAAAUGAGCACACUUCCACAAGGUCUUACAUGAAAUUUAAAUUUCACAUUCAAAUUAAAUUAAAAAGUAGCAAAGUUUUACAAGUAUUUAACAAGAAUACAUAUUUUUGUUGAAUUCUCGUGAAAUUUAAGUGUAUUAAUUCUAGUGUAAUAAUAUGUAUUAAAAUGUUAUUCAUCAUGUGUAUAUAUUGGUGGUAUUUAAUUAAUUUUGAGUUGAUAUACAUAUGUCAAUCUUUCUCUGGAGUUUGCUCACGUUAUAUUUUGUAUAUAAUCUGAUUUAUUAUAUCCAAAUAUAGUUUCAACUGCUCUAUAUAAUUAUAUCUUCUUUUGACAUGUCGAUUAAACAAAUAUGAUGUGUAAACUUGUCUCUAAAAUUUGUAAAUUUGAAAGAUAGCUAAGUAAGUUUUCUAAAUAAAUAAGAUCUACUGUGUAUACCUAAACAUUUAAGAAUCCCUGAUACAAGGGCUUAGAUAAGAUGCCGCCAUGAUCGGUAAACCGACAUUAAUACGUAACUAAUAGUAUUGUUAGUUAAUUUAUUUAUAUUGCUGGGAGGAAAUAUAGGUAAAUUACAACCGAAAUUCAAUUACCUAUUUUUUUUUUAAUUUGUUUGAGUGACAUUACUAUAUAGCAUGUUACAUAGAAACAUUUAGGUAUUACGUACAGUAUUUUUUUAAUAGAAUUACAGUAUGUCUUAUCAAUUAUGUCUACAUUGAUAGUUACUGAGCCGAUACUAACCUGAACAAAAGUUUUUUUAAGAGGCAUGUAUUAAAUACUAUAAUUAUAUCUGAAUGAUCCAUAGUCAUUAUUAUAUUAUGUCAGGUAGAGUACCGCUUUAACCAUUUCCUCUUUGUAUUAUUAAGAAAUUCCCUUGCUAAAUCUUAUUAUUCUAGCUAGGGGAGCAUGUAUGAUCUGUAGUAACAUUCCUAUUCUUUAAUAAAAAAUAAAUAUGGUGUUUUGAAGUAGAUUGUUAUGGUAGUAUAAGAUAUAAGUAAAUAACCUUAAGGUUUUAAAUUAUUAUUACAUAUUACUACUGAGAAAUCAAUAAAUUAAAGGA